CUAAACUUUACGAAGUGGAGUUUGGCGCAUAGUUAUGACGUCAGUGCUCUGUGUUUUCAGCAGCCAAUAAGGGUUUGGUUCUUAGACAUGGGGGACAUGCAUGCGGUCUCCCCCGUGUGUGAGAGGGAUCUGUUGUUCGAUGAACCUGGUCUGACCUAACCUGCUGCCUUAAGGGAGGAAAGUGAAUAUUCCAAUCCAGGGGGGGACUCAACCAGCAAAGCAAAAAGAAAAGAAAAGCUACGGCAGAGGGCUGAGGAAAGGGGAGAGAAAAGGAGGCAGAGAGUGAAAUCCAACCAGAAAUAGCAUCAGCCACAUUGAACUGAAAGGGAGUGACAGUGUGAGGCCUGAGACCUGAACAGAAAAUGCCUAUCAUCUCCAACCCAACUGCCGUUGUCUUGUUGCUGAUAGCUCACUGCGGAUCAUGGACCGGGGCGAUCCACUUGGGCUCCUUCAAGGUCUGUCCCUCCUGCAGGGAUCCACUGGGAGCGGGUCGGCCCCCGAGGGACCAUAACGCUGCCGGCAGCACUACAGUCUUGGCCCAGGGUGAGCCUUGUGGUGUGUACACCCUGAGUUGUGCCAAAGGGCUCCGCUGCGUCCCCCCACCCAGGGAGCACAGCCCCCUGCAGGCUCUCCUGCAGGGAAGGGGGGUUUGCGCCAAGCACAGCAGGACUAUUCCCACUGAGAGGCCCCACCCCACAGGUCCUCAUCCCUCACACAGUGGCGACAUUGAAAAAGCACCCUGCCGCAAGCUGCUCAACAGCGUGUUGAGGGGCCUCGAGCUGACAAUCUUCCAGUCUGACCGCGACAUCUAUAUACCCAACUGUGACACCCGGGGCUUCUACAGGAAAAAGCAGUGCCGCUCCUCCAAGGGCAUGCAGCGUGGCCACUGCUGGUGCGUAGACGAGCUCGGCGUGCCCAUGCCUUCACGUGCCAACGAAGACGGUACUUUACCAUGCGAUGGGGAGUGAGAGGCGCGUCUGACGGACCGCUCUCAGCCCAGAGGAGGAGGAGGAGACGGUGGAGGAGCAGGAGCACAGACAGAGGGAGUGGCUUUCGCAUGUUCUAGACAACUGCCCGGGCAGGAGGUAGCAGGGAUAAACCACUUCCUGUGCACACAAGUUCAUGUUCUAUCACUUUUACAGUCUCGCCAGCUGCAGCCGGCGACCUCGCGCUCUCAUUCACGCUCCUCCAACUGCCUCAGCGACCCCCGUGGUGUGAAUGGUCUCUUAUCCCCCUGGCUCUUGUCCUGGCUUUUCUGGUGGAUGUUGUUCUCUUUUGUUUUCAGUUUAGGAAAGCUGACACUGCCUGUGUUUGUUCUGAUCUCAGUGGGCUGAAAUACUGUUACGCAGGUGACGCGACUCAGACGUUUGGAAACGUGUUUCCCUCACCGUCCUCACUCCUUCUCUCCAAAGACACACUGAUAUCAACCCAAAACAAAACCACAGACUUCUCUCUUUUUUCUUCUUCUCUCUUAAUUUAUUUUUGAGUUUCUGUCCAUCAAAUACUGCUUGAAUCUUAUGGUAUCACACAUAUAUAUAAAUAUAUAUUAGGUAUGUGUCAAGUCAGAACAAAUAUUCCUUGGAGUCCAAUGCUGGAAGCCUCUGUUCACUUUGCCAAAACAACAUUCUGACUGCUUUCUGUGUGUAAAUAUGUUUGAGUUUUGUGGUCGACUGUUUGUUCUGAAGCAGAAGCGUACGGCUGUUGUCCUUUACAAAGAGUUGUAAGGCAUAUUUUUAUACACAUCGGUAUAUUUUAUAUAUGAAUUACUGGUUUAUUUAACAAACUACAAUACAGUGCCAUGUAUUUUUAUAUUGUCAGCAGUUUCUUAUUUAAAGACAGAUGUUUUUUUUGUUUUUUUUGGUUGUUUUGGAGUUAUAGGAAGUGUUGCGCUCUAAAGACACAUUUGCAGCAAAACUGGUCACAUUUAACAGAGCUCUAUUGAACUGCUGUACAUAGAACGUUUCUUUUGUUUGUUUGUUUUUAUUUAUGUUACUUGAGAGUUGAGACUGUCCAUGUCACUCCUAUGUUUGAUUUUAGCACACCCUGAAGCAAAGUUUGAUUUUCUGGAUAAAAAAAAAAACUGUAAGGGUUAUAUUUAGCAUCAUCUAGGUAUGUCUACCCCAAAAAGUCAUGAAAUUGUGUACUGAUACAAUGUGGUUAGAAUUUCUGAACAAUCUUCUUGUGCCAGUGUGUGUGCAGUUGUGAUGGGUCUUUGCACAGUGGACCCUAAAGACAUUUACAGAUAUAAAAAAUAUAUAUAUAAUAAUAAUAAUAUGGAGAAGAAUAAAAUGUAUAUUAAUAUAA